AUGUCACCACCUCCAACCAUGUCUACUAUUACAACUUUACAGGCUUCCCCGACUGGGAUGCGCAUGAUCAUACCGAAAUCCACAGAAGAAGACAAGCGCCUCGACAAAGUCAUAUCAGAAGUCGUUUCUUUUAUUCAAACUGACUUAUGCGAGGUGGACAAAUUGACGCUCUGCACCGGCCUUGACAUCGAGGACUCGCCGAGGUUGAUCCAAGUGCUAGAUACCUAUCGGGUUCGAUACUUCUACAGCGGCAGCAUUUUGGUGAUUAUGGGAGAAUGCCCAUUGAACUCUAUCAUUGAUACUCUCGUGUUGAACAUUCUCGACCAGCGUUCAACGAUCCUACCGCGCGAAUUGUGUCCCUAUUCCUCAAGCCACAAAAUGAGUGUUCGCUGCAGCGGAAUCAUCAAAGGAAAAGGAAUCAAGCAGCAGCUGCAAACCAAAAUACCUGAUGCCACAAUCACCUUUCGUAACCCUGGUCGUCAUAUGCUCUAUAGCACAAUCAUAAUGGAAGUCGGAUUUUCAGAAUCGCGAGAAGAUCUUAACCGAGAUAUGCUCCAAUACUUUGAGCAUUAUCAGCCUGCGCAACUUGUUGUUCUACUUAAGAUCAAGGAAGACAUGAAUUCCCGCACCUCACGCACAGAUCCAGGUUUUCGAGACCGCGCUGCUAGACUUCUCUUGCGCUUCGGCAACGACCUGGGGAAACAAAAACAUGCCGCAUACUUGGAGAAUAGCGCUCAUGAUGCGUCUGCCACGCCCGAGCCUUAUGAGGAAACUGUCCUCCUAGACCAAAUCGAAGUUGAAGAUUGGAUCGGCAGCGUUGAAGCCGACAUCGAGGUUUGGGAAUUGAUUCACUCUGAGCCACGACUACGCGGCAGCCGUACUCGCCUAUUUCCCACCCCUGACCGAAAUUCCGUACCGUACAUCUAUGCUGGAGACAUGAUACCUUUGGCACUACAUGAUAGCUUCCCAAAUCUUGAUGUGUCUCAAAGACUCGCUAUCGAUACGGAUCUACUCUGUGGGGAGAUGGCAGCGCUUAUUCCGCAUUUUGCUUGUUGGCGUGCCAUCAAAUUUUUCAGCCCGAAGGACGAAGAAGAGGAUAUGGACUUUAGUCCGGAUGACGAAUGA